GCGAGCUUUGCCCGGAUGAGGAACAAAGCGGUGGGGCAGGCGUGCGCGACCCCCGCGCGGCCGGCAGGUUAGGUAGCCCCCCUCCCGAAGCUUCUGGAGGAAAGGCCCCGGGUGUCCCCCGGCAUGCCUUAUCUCGCGGCGGGGUGCGCGGCCGCCGGCCCUCGGGAGAAGUUGGGUUGCCCCGGGCGGCCCCGGGGAAGAAUGGCCGCGUUUGUGCAGCGGUUGUAAGCAAGAUGCGGUAGCACGUGACCCUGGAACGCAAACCCUGAUGCCGGUUCUCCACCACCCGUGUGCGCGUUCCUCUGACACUUGGCCCCCAGCAGAUGCAUCACAGGAUGAAUGAAAUGAACCUGAGCCCAGUGGGGAUGGAGCAGCUGACUUCAUCCUCUGUGAGCAAUGCCUUGCCAGUCUCAGGGAGUCACCUGGGGUUGGCUGCCUCACCCACUCACAAUGCCAUCCCAGCCCCAGGCAUUUUAUCUUAUUUAGCUGACAGACCACCUCCUCAGUAUAUCCACCCUAACUCUAUAAAUGUUGAUGGUAAUACAGCAUUAUCUAUCACCAAUAACCCUUCGGCGCUAGAUCCCUAUCAGCCCAAUGGAAAUGUUGGAUUAGAACCAGGCAUUGUUUCAAUAGACUCUCACUCUGUGAACACACAUGGUGCCCAAAGUCUUCAUCCCACUGAUGGCCAUGAGGUGGCCUUGGACACAACAAUCACUAUGGAGAACGUCUCUAGGGUCACCAGCCCAAUAUCUACAGAUGGAAUGGCAGAAGAGCUUACCAUGGAUGGUGUUGCAGGCGAGCAUACCCAAAUCCCAAAUGGCUCCAGAAGUCAUGAACCUCUGUCUGUGGAUUCUGUGAGCAACAACCUUGCAGCAGAAACUGUAGGACAUGGUGGUGUGAUACCCAUUCAUGGGAAUGGCCUGGAGCUCCCUGUGGUCAUGGAGACAGACCACAUUGCAAGUCGGGUCAACGGAAUGUCUGACAGUGCCCUCAGUGACUCCAUCCACACCGUGGCCAUGAGCACCAACUCUGUAAGCAUGGCACUCUCUACCUCACACAACCUCGCCUCCCUAGAAUCUGUUUCCCUCCAUGAAGUUGGCCUAAGCCUAGAACCUGUGGCUGUCUCCUCCAUCACCCAGGAGGUUGCUAUGGGGACAGGUCAUGUAGAUGUGUCUUCAGACAGUCUUUCUUUUGUACCACCUUCACUGCAAAUGGAAGACUCCAAUUCAAACAAGGAAAAUAUGGCAACCUUGUUUACAAUUUGGUGCACUCUCUGUGACCGAGCCUAUCCCUCAGACUGCCCAGAUCACGGACCGGUGACUUUUGUUCCUGACACUCCAAUAGAGAGCAGAGCGAGGCUUUCUCUCCCAAAGCAGCUUGUUCUCCGCCAGUCAAUUGUGGGAGCAGAUGUUGGUGUAUGGACUGGAGAAACCAUUCCUGUGCGGACUUGCUUUGGGCCUCUUAUUGGCCAGCAAAGUCACUCCAUGGAAGUAGCAGAAUGGACAGACAAGGCAGUUAAUCAUAUCUGGAAGAUAUACCACAGUGGUGUCCUAGAAUUCUGCAUCAUUACAACUGAUGAAAAUGAAUGUAAUUGGAUGAUGUUUGUGCGCAAAGCCAGGAAUCGGGAAGAGCAGAAUUUGGUGGCUUAUCCCCAUGAUGGAAAAAUCUAUUUCUGCACCUCACAAGAUAUCCCUCCUGAAAAUGAACUGCUUUUUUAUUACAGCCGGGAUUAUGCUCAGCAGAUUGGUGUUCCUGAACACCCAGAUGUGCACCUCUGUAACUGUGGCAAGGAGUGCAGUUCCUAUACAGAGUUCAAAGCCCACCUGACCAGCCACAUCCAUAACCAUCUUCCUAGCCAGGGCCACAGCAGCAGCCAUGGGCCAAGCCACAGCAAAGAAAAGAAGUGGAAGUGCUCCAUGUGCCCCCAAGCUUUUAUCUCUCCUUCCAAACUUCAUGUUCACUUUAUGGGUCACAUGGGUAUGAAGCCCCACAAGUGUGAUUUCUGUAGCAAGGCUUUUAGUGAUCCCAGCAACCUGCGGACCCACCUCAAGAUACAUACAGGUCAGAAGAACUACAGGUGCACUUUGUGUGACAAGUCUUUCACCCAGAAGGCUCACCUGGAGUCCCACAUGGUUAUCCACACGGGCGAGAAGAACCUCAAGUGUGAUUACUGUGACGAGCUGUUCAUGCGGAGGCAGGACCUCAAGCAGCACGUGCUCAUCCACACACAAGAACGCCAGAUCAAGUGCCCCAAGUGUGAUAAGCUGUUCUUGAGAACAAAUCACUUAAAGAAACAUCUCAAUUCACAUGAAGGAAAACGGGAUUAUGUCUGUGAAAAGUGUACAAAGGCUUAUCUAACCAAAUAUCAUCUCACCCGACACCUGAAAACCUGCAAAGGGCCCACGUCCAGUUCAUCAGCGCAGGAGGAGGAGGAGGAAGACGACUCGGAGGAGGAGGAGCUCGCGGACCCUGUGGGGGCAGAAGGCUGCCGGGUUAGCAGUGCUGUGUAUCCCGCGGACGAGGCUCUGUCUACACAUAAAUGAAAGGAAAAGGAGCCAGCUGUUUCGGAUGGAAAAUACAAAAGGGAAAAACACAUGACCAGUUAUCCACUACCGUGCUUUUUAUAUAAAAUAAUUUCUGAUUUCCUUCCAGCCAACAGUCAAAACAGACUAAAUGGGAACGGAUAAAGCACUUAUA